AGAGCACCGCCGCCCGCCCUCGUGGGCGCGCGCGCGCGGGCCGCGCGCUCCGGCGGCCCCCGCAGCCCUCCUCGCGCUCCCCGUGCGCUCCGCAGCGAUGGGCCCCGGCGGCUACGCGCCCAUGCUCCCGGAGGAGGUCGGCGAUGCCAGGGACCGCGCCCUGCAAGGGCCCUCACCGCCACAUGCGCCUCCCGACGCCUCGGCGAAGAGAACGAGGUGCCAGAUUCGCGCUGUCGCAGUCGCUUCUGCCGUGCUGCUGACGGCAGGCUGCGCUGGAGUGGCGGCGCCGGCGCUCGCAGGCAGUUACAGGCGCAGCCUGGCCAGGUCCCAGCUGCGGCGAAGCGUCACCCUGGCCGCGUUCGACUGCGCCGGGGCGGCCCCCGAGGCCUGGCCCGCCCCGCAGCGGCAGUGGUGCUGCGAGGUGGCAAAGGUCUGUGCGGCAUCGGGGCCCGCGGCAGCGCACCCUGCGGCGGCGAGCGCCCCAGCUGCGCCGUGCGCCGGCGGCGCGCCGCCGGCCCCGAAGGGCCUGUGCGCGGAGUACGGCUGUGGCGAGCCCGCCCCGGGGCAGGGCUGCCACUGCCACCCCGGCUGCGCGGGCGAGGGCACCUGCUGCGGCGACUACGACGCGUGGUGCAUCGCGGCGGGGCAUGCCGGCGAGGGCGCCGGGGCGCCGGAGGCGGAGGAGGGCGGAGCGGCCGCGGGCGGAGGGGGGGACGACGGCGCCCCCUCCACGACGGCGGGUCCGCUCCAGGACAGGCUGGAUCUGGUGCCCGAGGUCACGGGCAAGGCGCCGCCCCGGCCCUCGCCCCCCGUGACGUCGCCGGUGCGCGGCACGUCGCCGAGGCCGGCUUCGUGCCCCGAGGAGGACCCGUCGCUGCCGAAGCUGUACUGCUUCAGCAUCGCGCAGGCGGAAGUCACCAACGCCCCAAACGCGUUCGACGAGCUGGCCCUCAUCAGGAAACAGUUCCGUCUCUGCGGCGGCGUCUUUGGGUGCACCCACUACGCCGUCUUCAGCGACCGCGCGCUCGAGGUGGGCCCGAAGGCGACCAGUUGGACGCUGCCGACUGUGUCGUCGUCGCUGGGCGGGGGCGCCUCCUUGACCGCCACGUGGGUGAACACGGAGGUGUUCAAGACAGCUUGGCAGACUAUCAUCGACGAGGGAACCUACCUUCAAGACGAUUUCGUCGUGAAAGCCGAUCCGGACGCGGUGUUGGUGCCAACGGCGCUGCAGGACAUCCUGCACCAGAAGGGCUACGCGGCCGAUCAACCAACCCUUUUCCGUAACUGCCCAGGUGGACCCCGGGGCUUAGAGCUCUUCGGCUCGCUGGAGGUCGUCUCCAGGACUGGCUUGUCCACGUACGCUGCCGUGGGUGCGCAGUGCCAGGAGAAGGUAGAAAAUGCCGCGCUCAUGGGUGAGGACAUGUGGCUUCAGGAGUGCAUGGAUGCCAUAGGCGUCCAGAGCGUCAUGGUCCCCGACAUCAUGCACGACGCAUAUUGCAGUCAAGACCCUCUCGUUGCAGAAAUGUGCAUCGAUGGCAAGGCCGCGUACCACCCGUUCAAGGUGGCGGACGAGUGGGCGAAGUGCUUCGGUAUCGCGGUAUUGCCCGCCAAGGACAGACCGAAGCCCCGCAGCGAUGAGGACAUCGCCAAAGUGAUGGCCCAGCAGGAGGAGGAGCAGGCGAAGGAGAGAGAGGAGCAGGCCAAGAUCAUCGCUCAGCAGCAGGCGGCGAUCCAGGAGCAGCAGGCCGCGCAGGCGAAGAUCAUCGCGGAGCAGCAGGAGGCGAUCCAGAAGCAACAGGAGCCGCGGGUCAGAGGGAUCGCAGGCCCAAAACAGGCACAGGCAUGAGCCUUCGGCGCUCCGCGCGGAAUGUCUGGGGUCGGUUCCUCCUCCUCCUCCUCCUCCUCCUCCUCCUCCUCCUCCUUUUCCUCCUCCCGAUACCCAGACCAUCCCGAGGUCGUGAGUCUUCAGACGGCAGCGCGGGCCCUUGGGACCUGGACCCCCUUUCCGCGGGGCCAGUUUUUCAUUCCGCGAGCAGCUUGCCGGGAGACGGAGCCCGAAGGACGACCGUAAGGCAACAAGAUCUUUACGUAUCCGCUGCCCCAGGCUUGGUCCGUUCUUGGCCCAGGAGCGGUGUGUGUGUGCCUCCCUGGCCAAGCCAGGAGGGCGGACACGCUGCUGCUGGGCCCAGGAUGGGCCAGGCCUGGGACACUUAUAUGUAUAGAUCCUGUCGCCCAAGACAGCGGCCCCAGACAUGUUUUUGUUGUUUGCUCACGGCGCCGGAGGAGGGGGA